AGCAUCCGAAUCAGUGAACAAGGGAGAGGGAGUACCAGAUCUAGCAACCACAGAAGGAGUACCGAAUCUAGCAACCACAGAUGGAGUACUGGAUCUAGUUACCACAGUGGGAGUACCGGAUCUAGCAAUCACAGAGGGAGUACCGGAUAUAGCAACCACAGUGGGAGUACCGGAUCUAGCAACCACAGAGGGAGUAUAG